GCCCUGGAAGGGGAACUGAGCGGUAGAAGUGACCGGGAACUGAGUAUUUCAGAUCUGCUUGGUAAACCUGGACCACCACCAUGCUGGCUGCAAGGUUUAUAUGUCUCCGGAUUGUCCCUUCCAGGGCUUUCCAUCCAGCUUUCACCAAGGCCUCCCCUGUUCUGAAGAAUUCCAUCACAAAGAAUCAGUGGUUUCUAACACCUAGCAGGGAGUAUGCCACCAAGACAAGAAUUGGGAUCCGACGUGGGAAAACUGGCCAAGAACUCAAAGAGGUGGUAUUGGAACCAUCAAUGGGAAAAAUAUUUAAAAUUGAUCAGAUGGGAAGAUGGUUUGUUGCUGGAGGGGCUGCUGUUGGUCUUGGAGCGUUGUGCUACUAUGGCUUAGGAAUGUCUAAUGAGAUUGGAGCUAUUGAAAAGGCUGUAAUUUGGCCUCAAUAUGUGAAGGACAGAAUCCAUUCUACUUACAUGUACCUAGCAGGAAGUAUUGGUUUAACAGCUUUGUCUGCAUUGGCAGUGACUAGAACUCCUGUUCUCAUGAACUUCAUAAUGAGAGCCUCUUGGGUGACAAUCGGUGCGACCUUUGCAGCCAUGAUUGGAGCUGGAAUGCUGGUACAUUCAAUAUCAUAUCACCAGAGUCCAGGCCCAAAGCAUCUUGCUUGGCUGCUGCAUUCUGGUGUGAUGGGAGCAGUUGUGGCUCCUCUGGCAAUACUAGGGGGACCUCUUCUCAUCAGAGCUGUAUGGUACACAGCCGGCAUCGUCGGGGGCCUCUCUGCAGUGGCCAUGUGUGCUCCCAGUGAGAAAUUUCUGAACAUGGGUGCACCCCUGGGAGUGGGCCUUGGUCUUGUCUUUGUGUCCUCACUGGGAUCUAUGUUUCUACCACCUACCACUGUGGCCGGUGCCACUCUGUACUCAGUAGCCAUGUAUGGUGGAUUAGUUCUUUUCAGCAUGUUCCUUCUGUAUGAUACCCAAAAAGUAAUCAAGCGUGCAGAAAUGACACCAACAUACGGAGUUCAAAAAUAUGAUCCCAUCAACUCGAUGUUGGCAAUCUACAUGGAUACAUUAAAUAUAUUUAUGCGAGUUGCCACUAUGCUCGCAACUGGAAGCAACAGAAAGAAAUGAAGCUUCUGGCAUCUCUUAUACAUCAGAUAUCUUACUUGUUUCAUUGGGGCAGAUACCAUUAAAUAGUUUGUAUAAGCAGCUUUUGUUGAAGUUUAGAAGACAAGAAGAUGCCAACAUUUUUCAGUGUUCCAGUAUAAUGUGAUGCUUCAGUUCUGCUUUUUCUUCUGGGGGAUAAAUUCUGUUGCAGAUAAGCACAAACA